AUGUCACAACACGCCCUGUCCGACCAGCAGGUCGACAAUGAGCUCCGCAAGAUGACGGCCUUCAUCAAGCAGGAAGCCAUGGAAAAGGCCCGCGAGAUCGAGAUCAAGGCCAACGAGGAGUUUGAGAUCGAAAAGUCCAAGCUAGUCCGCCAGGAGACGGAUGCCAUCGACAGCCAGUACGAGAAGAAGUUCAAGCAGGCCACCAUGUCACAGCAAAUCACCCGCUCCACCGUAGCAAACAAGACGCGACUCAAGGUCCUUGGCGCUCGACAGGAGCUCCUCGACGGUAUAUUCGAGAGCGCUGAGAAGCAACUCACUGAUGGUGCCAAGGAUAAGGCCAAGUACCAGAAGAUCCUCAAGGGUCUCAUUCUCGAGGGCUACUACGCCAUGAACGACCAGCAGCUGCAACUGCGCGCACGGAAGAAGGAUUACGACGUGGUCAAGAAGGCCGCCGACGAGGCGGCCAAGGAGUACAAGAAGGAGGUUGGCAGGGAAGUCGAGGGCAAGAUUGACGAGGAAAACCCCCUGCCAGAGGGAUCAGCGGGAGGCGUCGUCAUCGUCGGCGGAGCCGGGAAAAUCGACAUCAACAACACCUUCGAGGCCCGGUUGGAACUUCUCAAGGGGUCUGCAGCACCUGCGAUGCGCGAGUCACUGUUUGGCAAGAACCCGAACCGCAAGUUCUUCGAUUAG